AUGACAAAUCUGGAGCAGCAUGAUCUUUUAUUGACCACACAAUCUUGGAACUCGGUAAGAGCAUACACAGACCCGAUCCCAACUGAUCUCCUUAUAGAUAUAUUCUCUCGAGUCCCUGCAAAGUCAAUAUUUAGGUUUCGUUGCUUAUCUAAAUUCUGGUCAUCCACACUUGGCCUUCCUUAUUUCACGGAGCUGUUCCUCACUAAUUCUUUAGCUCGUCCACGGCUCUUGUUCGGCAUCAAAGUUGAUACAGAGUUAUUCUUCUUCUCUUCACCACAACCUCAAAAUCCAGCUGACAACUCUACUCUUGUAGCCACCCGUUAUGAUAGGUGUUUUCUCAAUUAUCUUCCAUCUGGCAUCAGACCACCUCACCGUGGAUUGGUCUCUCUUCAUGAAUGGGGAAGCGAUGUGCAUGUGAUCUGUAACCCCGUCACGGGAGAGUCCAUAACCUUACCCGAAGUGAAAGCCAAGAGUGGUAAUGGAAGAAGCUAUGUUGGCUAUGAUCCCAUCAACAAACAAUUCAAAGUCUUGUGUACAACGUAUGGAGAACCUGAUGGUCAUUGGGUUUUGACAUUGAGGAGUACUGGAAAACGUGUGUGGAGAUCGAUUGAAUGUAGUCACCAACAUCCCAUGCUCACUGGAAUAUCCUUACGUCAUGAAAUAUGGAUAAACGACGUUUUGUAUUACGGAGCUCACUCUGGAAGAUGUAAUAUGAUAGUUUCCUUUGACUUUUGCUCUGAGAAAUUCAGCUUUAUUUGGAUAAAUGAAGAAAUGUCAGAUGGGACUCUGAUCAACUACAAAGGUAACUUAGGGUUAUUAGUAAAACAUGAGUAUGGAGUUGUGUUGUGGGUUCUAGAAGAAGAUGCUGGAAACCAUAAAUGGUCCAAAAGGAAAAGCGUAGUGUUAAGCUCAUUAUACGAUGAGGUCGGAAUCCGUGCUCACAUUGUUGGAAUGACCGGUGCAUGUGAGAUUGUGUUAUCGCCGUACCGUCAAUCAAGCCCUUUCCACCUAUUCUAUUUCAAUAUCGAGAGGAACACUUUUACAAGGGUCAAUUUUCUGGGACCUGAAGAGAUUUAUAAGGAUCCAAAUUUCGCUCCUCGCAUCUUUAUAGACUAUGUAGAGAGAAUAUGA